UUUUUGUGAACUCUAAUACUUAUUCUAAAGAAAAACAUAAAAGAAGAUCAACAUGGCAUUUGGAUUGUCCGGCUUUGUUCAGGGUAAGAAGGCUCUCCGAAGAUCACUUUCAGGCACCAAAGAAGUAACCUUGAAGUCUGCAACCAUUCCAAAAGGCUGCUUAGCUAUCUAUGUUGGAGAAGAUCAAAAGAAGCGUUAUGUAGUACCUCUUUCGUACCUAAAUGAGCCUGCAUUUCAAGACUUGCUGAGUAUGGCAGAAGAAGAAUUUGGAUAUGAGCAUCCGAUGGGUGGACUCACAAUUCCAUGCAGAGAAGACAUCUUCAUUGAUAUCACCUCACAGUUGAAUUGACUGUAAUUUGUAGCUCUGACAUAGAUUCACAGAAACAAUUUUGUAGAUGAUAUACUUUUACCCUU